AUGUCUCGCAAACGAAAUGCAAUUUUAGAAGAAUUUAUAGAAAUAUAUAAAUCGGAGCCCUGUAUAUGGCGAUUGAAGGAUAAAGAGUAUCAUGACCGAAAUAAAAGAGCGGCAGCAUACGAAAAACUUAUAAUUAAAUUAAGAGAACUAGAGCCAAAUGCGACAAAGGAGGAUGUUGUAAAAAAAAUUAAUGCGCUACGAAGUAACGUACGUAGAGAAAAAAGAAAGGUUGAAGAAUCCACUAAGUCGGAUGCGUCAGGUGACGAAAUUUAUAAACCGUCGUUGUGGUACUAUGACAUGUUUGAAUUUCUCGGAGAUCAGGACAUUCCUCGUACUUCACAGUCCAAUAUAGAUGAAGCUGAUCAAACUGAGGUAUUUUUCCGCCGAAACAGGUAA